GCAGAGGAUCCAGAUCUCGGGAGGAAAGCCAUAUGAAACCAAGCCGUCUCCGCGUUGAAACCCAACAGAUUUCCUCUUUCUCUCGCAGCCAAAGGCUAAAGCCAACCCUCUUGACUUGCAUCCCUCCUCUUCCCACCCCCUGACCUGACCGCCCUGCCCCCUCGGCCCCUCCCUCGCGUCCGCGUCCAAAUCCAUCCAUUCCCACGCCCACCCCACCACCGCGCCCUCCGCCAUGGAUCCCUUCCACCACCUCAACACCUCCUUCUCCAACCCCUACCACCCGCUGCUCUCCCCCUCCCCGCCCCACCACCCCCACUUCCCUACCCUCCCGCCCCCGCCGCUUCCCCCGCCCGCCGAGGCCGCGCCGCAGUCCUCCGCCGCGAGCCUCGACCGGGAGCGCCUGCCGCAGUGGUCGCACGCCGAGACGGCGGCGUUCCUCGCCGUCCGCGCCGAGCUCGACCACUCCUUCCUCACCACCAAGCGCAACAAGGCGCUCUGGGAGGCCGUCUCCGCGCGCCUCCAGGGGCAGGGCUUCGCCCGCACCCCCGACCAGUGCAAGUCCAAGUGGAAGAACCUCGUCACCAGGUUCAAGGGCACCGAGGCCGCCGCCGCGCACCCGCCGCCGGACGCAGAUCCUGCGUCCGCCGCGCAGCAGGCGAGGCAGUUCCCGUUCCACGACGAGAUGAGGAGGAUCUUCGACGCUAGGGUCGAGCAGGCGCAAGCAUUGGAGAGGAAGAGGGCCAAGGGCAAGGGCGUGCGGCAGGAGGACGAAGAAGGCGGCGGCGAGGGGGAGGACGACGACGAUGACGAGGAGGAGGAGCUCGAGGCGGAGAUGGGCGAGGAGGAAGCCGGCAGCAGGGUGGCCUCGGAGGCGAGGAGCGGUGGCGGCGCGAAGAAGCGCAGGCGGAAGCAAGCGGCGGCGGCGGCCCGGGCUAGGUCUGCGGAUCAGGGCGAGGUGGAGGCCAUGCUGCGGGAGUUCAUGCGGCGCCAGGUGGAGAUGGAGGAGCGCUGGAUGGAGGCGGCCGAGGCGCGCGAGGCCGAGCGCCGCGCCCGCGAGGAGGAGUGGCGCAACGCCAUGGUCGCGCUCGGCGAGGAGCGGCUCGCGCUCGUGCGCCGCUGGCGCGAACGCGAGGAGGCGUGGCGCGCGCGCGCCGAGGAGCGCGAGGAGCGCCGGCACCAGCUCGUCGCCGCACUGCUCGCCAAGCUCGGCGGCGACUCCUCGUGAUCCAUCCGAUCCUCGUCCAUCCAUUCAAAAAAACUCACCGGAGCAACGAUGUUUCACCGCGAAGCGCGCGCGCAUAGGCCGGAUAGCUACCUUUUAGAAUUUAGAUGAUCACUAGUGAUCGACCGAUGGUCUUUAUUGAUUAGGGUUUUUCUAGGCAUCAGCUAGUGAGAGCAGGCCAGGAAAGAGGUGUACAUGUUCAGGUGGUGAAAAAAAGGGUUUAUUGCAGGUCAUUCGAUCAUUGUUUAUAGCGCCAUUAGCUAGUGGCAGCUCUGCUGGUCUAUCUCACCGGUCUGGUCUCAUCAGCUUCAGGAGCUAGCUGAGCUUUCUGGCUUUCGACAAGUGCAUGGCUGCAUCGCCGCCCCCUUGCGUGAUCAAUCGAUGUGCCUUCUCCUUGGUUCUUCAUAGAUAGAUCUCCCUCGUCUUUUCAAGCUGAUCUGUAGGAUCUCCCACCAUGGUCGGUGUAUGCUUUCCGUUUGAAAACGGGUGCUUCAGCUAUGAUAUAUCUCUGCAGACUUGUGUAGCUUUUGCGCGACACGGUGUAGCUGCUAGAUCUUUCUUACUUUCCUCUCUUUUCAGUUGCAUGGAUAAAGAUACAUGCAUAUCACUAGCGAAAAGAGAUUUGCAUCUGAAAAGUUGUAGGACUAGCUAGUAUGAUCAGGAAAGAGAGGGCAUGGUGCAUACUGGAAGCACAUGGUUGCUGAUAGGGGUGCAGGCUGCUGCUUUGCUUUGCUUUGCUUAUGUCCUACAGAGGCGGUAUUGCUGCCCUGGAUUCCUGUGUACGCAUACAUCUGCAAAAAAAUCAGUGGUGUCCGGCAGAAGCCACUACUAGAUAAGUAGAUAGAUAUAAGAACAACACAGCUGGAGGCCGGGUCGUAGAUAGCUAGAUUGUGUAGUGAUUGAUUGUCUGAACAAUAUAGUUAGGAUUGUUAAUUAAUUACAUGAUGAGCACCCUAAUGAUGCAUGUGUGAACCGCGUUUCAUAGCAUGCAUCAUGGCUGCUUGCAGGCAGUGGGUGCGUGACGUGCGUGUGGUAUGAACCCAUUAGCAUGCACAGUGUGUACGUAGGAAAGUAGAAUACGAAACCGCGUUGCAUAUGUGCAUGUAUACAUUUCAUAUCCAGUGUUCGCUCCCCCAGAAAAUUUCUGGCCCUAUAUAUUGUGAGGUUUAACUAGUUGAUCAAGUAAUGUCAGGUCACUUUUAUAAUAAUGUCUGCAUAUAUAUGCAGGUGCAUGAAUGCAUCUCACGAUUUAUCAAGAUUUAUUGGAGCUAGCUCUGUGUUUUUAUCAAGAAAUAAAUAUAUAACUACCAUAUAUAUUAAGUAGAGAAUUGAUGUGUGAUCUGUGUGAAACUAACCUUUGGGUGAAAGCCAAAAGAUAUCAAUUGCAUAUCUGACUUUCAGGUUCAGAACAUGCUAGCUGUAAACUUUAGUGCUUAUGGUACCUGCUGACAUUCCCGAUAGUGCGUGUGUUCAUAACAACCGUUUGUUGGACGAGUUGGGUAGGAAGUAAACUAGUUUCUGACAUGAGCAUGCAUAAAUGUCAAGAGCAAAACUACAUGUGGCAAACAGAUAUGAGGAAAACAACAAAGAUAGUAACUACUAGCCCUUAUAACAUUUCGUUUUCACUUAUCUAAUUUUCUCCGGAGCUAAAAUAUAUAUGGCAGGAUUGUUCAAAAAGAAAGAUAUUGCAAGUGAUUAAUUGCAUUUUAUCCUCUUUAAGUUUUUAUUACAGAUUAACCGUGUAAUCAUCAGUUUCUUAUAUACCAUAAAAACAGAAGUCUGAUCUUUCUGUGAAUGAUUUGUGUAAGGAUAUAUCACAAUGACGAGAAAAGUGACAUCAGCAUAUCAUCUGUCCGUGACCUAAUAAUAGUAUAUGUGUAAGCAAAUUGCCUAGUUGGUACGUCCUGCUCUCUUGACAUGUCUUGUUCACUGUUUGCUUUUGAUGAGCAUGCCCUUGAGUGUUCACAAUGGCAACAAUCAAUCAAAGAAGAUGUUGCUUGUCACUAUAUAUUUGGUUUUAGCCUGAAUAUAACACAAACAAAUGAUUUUUAGUGAAAAAGUUGGCCAGUUGAUUGACUAAUAACACUAACUUUAUCAGUUAAUUUUUUACCAGUAGCCUCUUCGAUACUUAAUUAGUUUAAUCCCAACACUAAAUAACAGAUUAUAUUGUUUUCAUUAUGGAUUCAGCUGAUUCGUAUCCACACUUUUAUAUGGAUCUGGUAUUGCUCUUGUGGCGUACGUGAGGAAUUGAUGUCAGUCUGAUUUCAUACUUGGCAGAUAUUUUGUUGUAGUAAAUGUAGACUAGCCACCUUAUUUCAUAUAUUAGGGAGUAGUAGUUAAAAAAGAAUAAUACUACAGACAAUUACAUGGCAGUGUCAAAGAAUAACCUACUUGGAGUAGUUGCAAGCCCGUAAAAUAAAGGCAUCUAGCUUGUACUGCACGGAAAGAAAUUGACCAUUGUAUGCCGAUCGAAUCUAUACAUCGAUGAUCCAGUAGGCAAUGAACACUUUAUUAGCAUGCUGCAUGCAUGACUCACCCGUCAAUAAUAUUCUGGCCUAGCUAGUGUGAAGUCAAGGGUAGCACAUGUUCAGCCAAAAUCUAGAGAGCGACCUCUUGACGCGCAAACAAUAUACAAAUCUUCUGCAUUUUCAAGCACACCACCAUCGCCGAUCCGCGAGACUGAUGACGUGACUCGAGUAGACAAGGACGGAUUGACGCCCAAGUACCCAUAAGAUGAGGCAAGGACACAGAGAAAGAUGCUGAUCCAAUGCAACGAUGAGACGAUAUCUCGGAGGAGCAGAUUGCACUGAUGAAGUUGCAUUAUUGAAGUGAUGUGAGGUUUGUACAUGAUUUAUUUGACUACUAACUGACGGAUGACGCAUCAGUACCAUGUACUGGCAGAGAGCGAUCCGUAUGUUCGUGCCUUGCAUUCGAUUCGUUUAUAUGCAUACUCUUUUUUUUAAAAAACAAUUUUACAUGUAUACUUUCACCAUUAUUGAUC